CCUUUAUUUAAAUUAUAUGUCUUCUUCAAGUUCAUCAAGGUCACGGUCACCUAGGAAGAAUAAGAAAAGAGUGUAUGUGACAGGUUAUUCUCUUAAAGAGGAUCAACAUGAUAUUAAAAAGUUAUUCAAGAAAUUUGGGAAAAUUGAAGAAUUUGCAUGGAAGGGAAAAUAUUGUUUCAUUGAAUUUAAAGAUCCUGAAGAUGCAGAGAAAGCUGUUAAAAAAAUGAAUAAGGAAGAAGUAAAAGGAUCGGUUUUAUAGGUUGAGAUGGCUCGUGGAAAUAAGCCUAGCAAAAACAAUGGCUUAUGUUAUUCUUGCGGUCAUUCAGGACAUUUAAUACGAUAUAUUUUAUAUCUAUUCAUUUACCUAUUUUUUAGUGCUAAGAAUUGCAGACGUAGAUCAUCAUCAUCUAGUUCAUCUAGCUCUAGUAGUAGUGAGUCUAGAAAAAAACACAAAAAGAAAAAUAAAAAAAGGAAGAGUUCAUCCAGUUCAGAUUCCUCAUCUAGUAGUUCAUCUAGAGAUAAGAAAAAGAAAUAGAAUAAGAAGCGAAAGAGUUCGAAAAAGAAAUCAAAGUCCUCAUCAAGAGGCUCUUCAAAAGACUCACACAAUUCAGAGUCUUCCGGCUCCGUUGAAGGAGAAAAGUAAGAAAGUAACAACAACAAAGAAGAUAAAAAACCUAAAGAUGAAGAGAAUCAAGGGAAGGGAGGUGAUGGUAAGUAAUGAAGUACCAAUGAUAAUAAAUAUAAAAUUAGUGUCCAACAUAUUUCGUAUUUAAA